AUGGCUUCGAAAUUGGUCUCCAAAGCCGCCGACACCAUUCCCGUGGGGCAGCAACACAGGAGGGCCACGGUCAAGCAUCUGAAGAGCUCCCUUCCUGCCAACCUCCCUCAAGCAGACAUCGACUACUUGGACAAUGUCUCCGACAAGGAGCAGAAGAGAAUAUACCGCAAGGUGGACUGGCGACUGACGCCUAUGCUCAUGUUGCUUUACUUCUUUACCAACCUUGACAGAGCAAAUAUUGGAAACGCAAAGAUUCAAGGCUUAGAAGCCAGCCUGAAGAUGGGGGGCAGCGAUUACAAUGUUGCUUCCAUGAUCUUUUUCGUGCCAUAUAUUUUGUGCGAGAUUCCUAGCAACGCCAUCCUCCUCAAUUUCAAACGACCAUCGAUAUACCUCGGUAUAUUGGUGUUCUGCUGGGGCACUGUCAUGACAUGUAGCGGCGUCGUUAAAAGCUUUGGUGGGCUGGUUGCAGGACGGUUUUUGCUGGGCGUCUUCGAAGCCGGUUUCUUCCCUGGUGCUGUCUUCCUCAUCAGUCAAUGGUACCCACCACACCUCACGCAACUCCGCGUGGCCGUCUUCUACGGCGCCGCAGCCAUCUCCGGGGCAUUCUCCGGUCUGCUAGCAGCCGCAAUCGCCAAAAUGGACGGCCUCGGAAAUUACGAGGCGUGGCGAUGGAUCUUCAUCAUCGAAGGCCUCCUGACCGUCGUCGUCGGGCUCUCGUGCUUCUUCAUACUGCCUGACUCGCCGUCACUCUCUGGCGGUUGGCUGUCCGAGCACGAGAUACGGUUUCUGAUCCGGAUGCAUGAGAAGCAUCGCGGUGCCCGCAGGGAGCCGGCAAGCAGUCCCGAGAAGAAGAAGCAGAGGUUCCAGUGGACCGUUCUCUUGAGCGUCUUGACCGAUUGGCAGAUCUACCUGCAAUCCCUGAUAUUCUUAUCUAGCGCCGUGCCCAACUAUGCGCUCAAGUUCACCAUGCCCCAAAUCAUUCUUAACAUGGGCUUCACGAGCACGCAGGCGCAGGUUCUUACCGCGCCGCCCUACAUCUGUGGAGCUAUCUCGGCCGUGUUAUCGUCCAUCUUGGCAGACAGUUUCACAUGGAGGCUGCCCUUCAUCGUGGGGCCGCAGGCGCUGCUGGUGGUGGCGUACUCGGUGCUGUUCAAGCUCAGCGGCGACAUCAGGUCCAACGUCGCUGCGUGCUACUUCUGCGUCCACCUCUCUACCAUCGGCACGUACCCCAUCGUCCCUGGUGCAAGUGCCUGGACGCUCAACAACCUCGCCGGCCAGACCAAGAGGGCCGUGGGCAUCGCUUUUAUGAUCGCAAUAGGCAGCGUCGGUGGCAUCAUUGGCAGCCUUAUAUUCCAGGACAGGGAGAAGCCGAGCUAUCCCACGGGAUGGGGCAAUUGCCUUGCUUUUGUGCUCGCUGGUAUGGUAGCGGCCUUGGCUCUCGAGGUCACGUACUUUUCUAUCAAUAAAAAGAGGGCACGGCAGAGCGAGGAGGAGGUCAAAGAGAAGUACAGUGAGGAGGUCCUGGAAACGAUGGGCGAUCGUAAUCCUUUAUUCCGCUAUUCUCUGUGA